GUUCCUUUUCGUUCUUCAUCCAGGAUGGCAACUCUCAAGGAUCAACUGAUUCAGAACCUCUUUAAGGAAGAACAUGCCCCUCAGAAUAAGAUCACAGUUGUGGGGGUUGGUGCUGUUGGCAUGGCCUGUGCCAUCAGUAUCUUAAUGAAGGACCUGGCAGAUGAGCUUGCUCUUGUUGAUGUCAUGGAAGACAAAUUGAAAGGAGAGAUGAUGGAUCUCCAACAUGGCAGCCUUUUCCUUAAAACACCAAAAAUUGUCUCUGGCAAAGACUACAGCGUGACAGCCAAUUCCAAGCUGGUCAUUAUCACAGCCGGUGCACGCCAGCAAGAAGGAGAAAGCCGUCUGAAUCUGGUCCAGCGAAACGUGAACAUUUUUAAAUUCAUCAUUCCUAAUGUUGUGAAAUACAGUCCGAACUGCAAAUUGCUUGUUGUUUCCAAUCCAGUGGAUGUCUUGACCUAUGUUGCCUGGAAAAUAAGCGGCUUUCCCAAAAACCGUGUUAUUGGAAGUGGUUGCAAUCUGGAUUCAGCCCGAUUCCGUUACCUCAUGGGGGAAAGACUGGGUGUGCACCCAUCAAGUUGCCAUGGAUGGGUCCUUGGGGAGCACGGUGACUCUAGUGUGCCUGUGUGGAGUGGAGUGAAUGUUGCUGGAGUUUCUCUGAAGAAUCUGCACCCUGAUUUAGGUACUGACGCAGAUAAAGAACAGUGGAAACAAGUUCACAAACAAGUCGUUGACAGUGCUUAUGAAGUGAUUAAACUGAAAGGCUAUACAUCCUGGGCCAUUGGGCUCUCUGUUGGUGACUUGGCAGAAAGUAUGAUGAAGAAUCUUAGGCGAGUGCAUCCAAUUUCCACCAUGAUUAAGGGUCUCUAUGGAAUCAAAGAUGACGUCUUUCUGAGUGUGCCUUGCAUCUUGGGACAGAAUGGAAUCUCGGAUGUUGUGAAGGUGACUCUGACGACUGAAGAGGAAGCUCGUUUGAAGAAGAGUGCAGAAACACUUUGGGGAAUCCAAAAGGAGCUGCAGUUUUAGAGUCUUAAUGUACUUACUGUCCAGGCUACCAUAGGAUUUUAGUUGGAGUUGUGCACACUGUUCUUCACAUCUGAUUCAUUUCUAAAGCAGUAUUCUUUAAGACUAUCAAAAAAAAAAAAAAAGAUCUUUUUUUAAGGUAGAAAUGGAGAAAUGGUUCAUAACACCCUGGCAGCUAUCUUUUUCUGCUGAAUGAUACCUUUUUAGUUAUGUACUGGUUAGUAUAAAGUAAUUCCAGUCCUUGGAGGCACUGCCAAUGUUGCACUGUUCUACCAGAUAUGUGUUUCUAAUGUAUUAUAUGACUUCUGGUUCCUUCACCCAACAUGCUUGGUUGAACCUUGUGUUCUCUUGACAGUCACAUCCUGGAUCUGGUGGAGGAAUCCAACAUCAACAUUUUUGUGCAUUGUUUUGAAUAAUCAUAUUUUUGUGUGCAAUGUGUAACAGAAUAGUCUCCAUUGCCAUUGAUAUUAAGAAAGAAAAAUCUAAACAAUGUAACCAACUAAAAUAUCAAAUAAACCUGAACAGUGAUUACUCUGUUAAUAUAAGAGAUGAACUCAUCAAAUGGCUAUUGUUAUAUUAUGGGGAAUCGUUAAAUUAGUCUUAGAGAACCCUGCAGUAUUAUUAUGCAA